AUGUCAAUUGUAUCACUACUAGGUAUCAAGGUUUUGAACAAUCCCGCUAAAUUCACUGAUCCAUACGAAUUUGAAAUUACUUUUGAAUGCUUAGAGUCUUUAAAACACGAUUUAGAAUGGAAGCUGACUUACGUUGGUUCGUCUCGUUCUCUGGACCAUGACCAAGAAUUGGACUCCAUUCUAGUGGGUCCGGUUCCCGUAGGGGUCAACAAAUUUGUGUUUUCAGCAGAUCCUCCCUCUGCUGAACUGAUUCCUGCAAGUGAACUAGUUAGUGUGACCGUUAUUCUUCUAAGUUGUUCCUAUGAUGGAAGAGAAUUUGUAAGAGUCGGCUACUACGUGAAUAAUGAGUACGAUGAAGAAGAGCUAAGAGAAAAUCCACCGGCAAAGGUACAGGUUGAUCAUAUUGUGAGAAAUAUACUUGCUGAAAAGCCAAGAGUCACGAGGUUUAACAUUGUUUGGGACAAUGAAAAUGAGGGAGAUCUGUACCCUCCUGAACAGCCUGGCGUUGAUGACGAAGACGAGGAGGAAGAUGACGAUGACGAAGACGAGGACGAGGAAGAUGACGAUGAUGGAGAAGAAAACGACGACGAAGGCAACGGAGAGGGAGAAGCUGAAGAAGCAGCUGAAGAAGAGGAGGAGGAAGAAGAAAAGACCGAAGAUAAUGAAACGAAUCUGGAAGAAGAGGAGGAGGAUAUAGAACACAGCGACGACGAUGAAGAUGAAGCAGAUGGCGAAAUCGUCCCAGCAGACAGAAACGUAGACGGUAACGAUAAGAAGAGGAGGAAAGUAGAAGAACAGUCCACAGAUAUUGUGUCCACCCCGAAGGACGCGGCAUCUCCAAGAAAAUAA